UAAAACAUACAAUGAAACCCAAGUUUGCAUUAUUAGUGCCACUAAUUGUAUGCUUACUAUCGAUCGAUACAAUCGAUGCCUUAAUCCGCGUAUCGUUGCAUAAAUUCAAGUCUAUUCGCAACAAAUUGAAUGAAAACGGUAUCGAUAUUAAGGAUGUGUUGCCAGAGAGUGACGAACACAGGACUACAGGAGAGGCCAUAGCUGUGCGGCUCAGGAAUUAUAUGAACGCCGAUUAUUAUGGCCUCAUAGGUCUGGGCACUCCUCCACAAACAUUCAGAAUUAUAUUUGAUACGGGCAGCUCUAACCUAUGGGUGCCGUCACCAAAAUGUACAUCAUGUGCUUGUAUUGUGCACCGCAAAUACUAUUCAGCAAAAUCAUUUAUCUAUGUCAAAAAUGGUACAGCGUUUUUAAUUAAGUACGGCAUGGGUACAGCCAAAGGGUUUCUCAGCACCGAUAUGUUAACCAUAGGCACCGGUAAAGUACAUAACCAGACAUUUGCACAGAUGACUUCAGAACCGGGUCCGGCGUUUGUGCUGGGUGGUUUUGACGGCAUAAUGGGUAUGGCCUACCAACAGCUCUCGGUAGACAAUAUGGUCACACCGUUUCAAAACAUGAUAGCACAGGAAGUGGUGUCGGCAUAUCUGCCGAUCCUCCUUUGGAUUAUCCGU